CGAGGUGGGUUCUUCCUAUGCUGCUCUGGCUACACAGAAGGACCAACUAUCCACAAAUUUGGAAGUGGCUAUGAAUGAUGUAGCUGCUUUGAAGAAAACACUUGAGGAGAAGGACAAGGCGUUGGUGGAGGCUCAGGCGACCAGUAAGGGCUUGCAGGAUGAGAUUGAGAUGAUGCAGAAGGAAAGGUACCAGUGGAUGAAGCAACUAAAGGACAUGAACACGAGGGCGAAUGCCCAGGAGAAAUAUGUGGGGGAUUGGGCCGCGAAGAUGUUGGAGCUACUCACUGUUUUGCCAAGAUCUGGAGAAAGAAACUGAAGAGGUCGAGCCUUUGCUCGAUCCUAUCAAUGCUUCACUCGGCGACGGCCCGACGGUGAACAUGUUUCGAAUGAACUCCCGCCUUAUUAAGGUGGGGAAGUAUAUUGCACGACUGAGGGCGGCUGUAGGCAAAAUUGACAAGGAACUGUGGCCAGAGGAUGAUCUUCAGAGCGACUUGGAAGCCAUGAUGACCCGAUUGGAGCAAAUCCCGGAACGAGUUCAGGCAUGGAAGAAGUCAGCUGCUCGGUGUGGAGCUGAUGUGGCAUUAUCGCUCGUCCGGGUCCAUUGCAAGGAGGCUCGAAAAGAUAAGCUAAAGACUUUGCAAGUUGCAAACACGAAGAAGCUUCGUUUCGAAGACUUCAUGAAGACCUUUAUUGAUACUGCAACGCGCAUCGCCGACGGCAUCGACCUCACACCUUCGUGGAACCAGCUAGUCCAGGUGAGCCGUGAGGAGGAGAGUAUUCCAUCUGAACAAACUUGAUUUUCCUCGGUAUGCCGAGUGAUGUUGUAAACAUUUGAAAUUGUGUUCGAGUACUGGUCGUGAGUACUUUGACCCAGUGCGGAUAAGCUUGAUCUCCACUGGGUGGUAUGAAUUUAGCUUUUGCAA